GUACCGAUGGAAUGCUAAUCACAUGACCAGGCAGGGCUGCUGCUGCUGGUGUUGUCUAGCUGUCAAAGAAAAUCUAAACUGUCAACAGCACAGUUAUUAUCGGAUAAAAUUUGUCCUGGGUUUUUCCUCAAGCGUCAUGGACCUAUUGUGGGGUUGGCUGCACACCCCAUGACAUGUGGACCAAAGCAGGAUCGUGCUGCCUUGCACCUCUUCUGCAACAAUACAGCCAUCUACUGUCAUGGCCUCCAGCUACCCGCCUCCCUUUGAGGGCACAGGUGAAGUGAAGGAGGGCUUUCUUUGCCCACUGUGCCUGAAGGACCUGCAGUCGUUCUACCAGCUCCAAGACCACUACGAAGAGGAGCACUCUGGGGAGGACCGCCAUGUUAGGGGGCAACUAAAAAGCUUGGUUCAGAAGGCAAAGAAAGCCAAAGAUAAACUGCUGAAGAGGGAUGGAGAUGACAGACCAGAUACUGGCAGUUAUGAGUCCUUCUACUAUGGUGGAGUGGACCCAUACAUGUGGGAGCCUCAGGAACUGGGAGCAACGCGAAGUCACCAAGACUUCUUUAAAAAACACAGAGCAGCCCGGAUUGAUCACUAUGUCAUAGAGGUCAACAAGCUCAUCAUCAGACUGGAAAAGUUGACAUCAUUUGACAGAACCAGCUCAGAUGCUGCUAAAAUCAGAGCCAUUGAGAAGUCUGUGGUGUCAUGGGUGAAUGACUCGGAUGUCCCGUUCUGUCCCGACUGCGGAAACAAGUUCAACAUCCGUAACAGACGGCACCACUGUCGCCUCUGUGGGUCCAUCAUGUGUAGGAAGUGCAUGGAAUUUGUCCCCCUACCUUUGGCCCAGAAGCUGAUUAGCGGGACUCGAGAAGCCUUGUGUGUUCCCGGAAGUCCUGGUCAGUCCCAGUCUCCCCCAGCAGGAGGUGGCAGCAGUGGGAUGGGCUCUAGGAGAGGUAGUAUCAGCAGCUUGAGCAGUGUAACCUCCAUGCUGGAGGAAAAGGAUGACGAGAAGAUCCGCUGUUGUCACCACUGCAUGGACACGCUGCUGAAGAGACAGCAGAAGUUAGAAGAGAAGGACCAUGUGCCAGAUAUAGUGAAACUUUAUGAGAGGCUGAGGAUGUGCAUGGAGAAGGUGGAUGAAAAGGCUCCAGAGUACAUCCGAAUGGCAGAGUCUCUCAAUGCCGGAGAAACUACAUACAAUCUUGACACUGCUGGUGGACUGAGACUGGAAGUCCAGAAAUACUACGAACUAAUCGAUGCUCUAAGUAAGAGGAUUUUAACACUGGGAGUUAAAGAUGAUCCACAGCCACAUCCAAAGGCGCUCCAGCUACAAAGGAUGAUCCGCUAUACAGCCACACUAUUUGUCCAGGAGAAGCUGUUAGGUCUGAUGUCUUUACCCACUAAGGAGAAAUAUGAAGAGCUGAAAGAAAAGAGGAAACAGGAACAAGAGAAGAGACUCCAACAAGAGAGACUGGCCGUCCAGGAGACUCUGAAGAGGAGGCAGGAGUCUGAGAGAAACCGUCCACCUGCCAAUGGAGAGCUGCCCCAGGCCCCGAGAGCUCCACGUAUGACCAAAGCUGGUGGAUGGUUGCCGUCUGCAGACUCUGUCCAUGCACGCAGUGAGCUAGAAGACCCUCUCCUGCAGCAGAUUGAGAACAUUCAGUCAUUCCUUCGUCAGGCGCGGGAGGCCAAGAGAGCAGAUGAGGUAGCCAUGUUAGAGGAGAACUUGCGUCAGCUGCAGGAUGAAUACGACCAGCAGCAGACCACCCUCGCUAUCGCGCUCUCCCAGAAGUUGGCUGAGGAGGAAGACCUGCAGCAGGGGGAGCUCCAUCGCCUAGAGGCUCGGGAAAGGGAGGAAAGAGAGCAGUGGGGCUCCACUGUGGGCCCCAACCAGCCUUCCUUCACAUGGGAACCAUCUCUGGAUAUCAGCCCAGCAGGAGGCUACCAGGGAGAGGAAGACACAGCAGAAGAGAACCUGACUGCUAAAGCUGAGAGGAGUCCAUCAUCUGUGAGGGCGUUUGCUGCUCUCACAAGCCAGGAGUCGUCCCCUCCAAGACUAAGGAGUUUAGGAGGGCAUGUAACUCCCCCUAGUGGUGAUGGCCAAAACAGCACCUCCCUGAAUCCUUUUGAAGAGGAGGACUCAACUCCCAUUGAGGAGGAUCCAUCCAAUCCCUUCUUCGAGGACAUCAAGAGGGAACACAAAGAGGAAAGUAAUGGGAAGAAAGAAUACAACCCCUUUGACGAAGAUGACGAUGCAGAGGAGGACAAACAGGCCGAGACGGUACCUGGCAACCCCUUUGAGGAAGACGACACUGACACCGGUAACCCUUUCAUGGAGGCCUCUGGGAAUUCUCCUGAAGUCUCGACCAACCCUUUUGAUGGGGACGAUGAUGAUGAGGUUUUGCCUGAUGUGGACAUGAUAGAGGAGGAACUGCUGCUGCAGCAGAUCGACAACAUCAGGGCCUACAUUUUUGAUGCAAAGCUCAGCGGCCGUCUGGACGAGGUGGAACUCCUGUCAGAGAACCUAAGAGAGCUUCAGCUCACUCUACAGGAACAGAAGAAAAAGAAGCACUGACACAUUUUCCUCGAAAUCUCCCCUGAUCACCUGCUACUUACCAAGUCCUGCAAGGCUAGCUCACUUUACAUGACUAAUGAGCCCAAGAAGCUCAGUUUGGGUGAGGUCUGCUGUACCAUAGAUUAGGUUCAUCCUAAAAUUAAAUAUGUUUUAGAGCUCAGUAGUCUGGAGCACUUUCCAAACAUCUUUCUGAACCACAUGUCCCGUUUCGGGUUGAAGAGGGCUGGCGUCUAUCCCAGCAUGCACAAUUUUUAAGCACUGAACAUAGAAAUUCAUUUGUACAGGCAUGUUGAUGGACAUAUUAUUAAUCCAGUUGUAACAGUGCAAACAUGAACAAUGGAAGACAGAAGAAUGUCACUUUAAUGGCUGUUUUAUGAGUCAGUCAGGUGGUUCUUUGAGUCAAGUCCUGCUGGGGUCUUGUGGAAGUCAGGUGGUAUGAUGAAGUGUUUCCAUGACGAAGGUUGAACAAGCGUUUUCCAAAUUAAUUUUAUAGAGCACUCUGUCGCACUUCGCUAAUGUUGUUGGACUCACAAUGGACAGUUUUUUAAAAAUGAUCAAAACUGAUGUUGGAGAGCCAGAGAAUGUUUCUUUAUUCCGAGCAUUCUUCCUCCGCAAAACCUGACGCCUACAUUACCCACAAUGCAACUUGACUGAGAGUUUGGUGCGUAGCAGUGAAUGCAGCCUCAGAUGAGAUGGAGAAGAGGCUACAGAGAUCUGGCUUCUGUUUAGCUCCACACUCGUAGUCUUCAGACCAAACCAACGCUGACUACAGUGGCAUCAGUUGAGGCAAUUUCCCAGAUUUCACACAGCUUCCUCUGAAGCCAUUAAAGGCUAUAAAAAUCUGUUCACAUAGAAUUGGAAGCAGCCUUUGACAUGUUAAAUCUGUUCCAUUGAUAUCCCAGCAAUAGUGUUAGCACACUUCCAACUUCAUUUUAUUUGUGGUAAUUGAAAUUCCUACUGUUCAUUCAAGUAUUAGUAAAGAACUAAACCAUGCUUUACUUAUUAUUUCUAACUGGACCAUUAACAUUUGUCAGUCUGAGCAUUAAGUGUUCAAAGGAAACUGAUUCUUAGAUACUAAUAAUUGGAUUCUCCUUUUCAGUCACUACACAUGCACUGAUUGUUGUUGCAGCGCCAAUGACCCUGUAGAGGAAAUUAAAGGCACAUUACAAAGAGUUAAUCCUUUCUUGUUCAUCACUCAUACCAGUACUUGGGUAUCUUUUAAGGUAUCAGGACCACAAAAAAAGUUCUCAGUCACUAACCAUACUGCUAAUAACCACAUUUGUGAUACAGUAUUCGUGGCAGAGGUUGAGUAUUUGUUCAAACAGCUGUUAAUUUCUCCUACAAUGAAAUGCUUUUUUUUUUUCCUGUAAAAGUGAAUUCAAAUGUUCCUCUUAGCUGACAUGAUCCGUCUGUAAGGUUUAGAUAAAAGUCUUUAUCAAGCAGAUUUAUUUCACUAAUCAUUCUUAUUGCAUCUUGUCUGUGUUAUGGGUUAAAAACUGCAUCUUAAAUGCCAGAGAGAGCCAAAUCAACAGUCUUUUCUUUGAUGUCCUACUGUGUGACCUUGCGGGUUGUGAUGGAAUUGUUUACAGUGGCUCUUGGGCUGCAUGUGUCUGUGUUUCUCUGAGGUGCUGUGUGAUGCUGAGCUAGCGGCAGGGCAUGCUUGUCUUUCUGCUCUCAGCUUUUCUUAGAGAUCAUAGACAUAUAGUUGUCACUCCGUGCUGUUCCGUGCUGUCAGACAAGAUCUGUAUGUGAAGCAUGUUAUCUGUUAAAUAGUUUCAUUUAUGAAGCCCAUUCAGAGGCCAUACAACCAGUUCACCCAGCGUGUAGGUACUAAGCACUAUUUGCCAAGGGACGCUGUAGAUAACGAAGUAAAAAAAUAAGGCAUCAAAGCUCGUGUACAGAAACCAUUCUGUUGUGAAGAUUACAUAAACUCUUAGGUCAAAGCAACUUUUCUCAGACAUACUAACACUACAUGAAUGCCAGCAAGUAUUAUCAGUCAGUCCUAACAUGAAUUUGUCUUAGCGCUUUAUGUCAGAAUGUUCAUAAUUCUCUUCAUAGAUGGCAACAAGAGACGGGGUUCUGCAGUUGUUGAUCGUCUUACACAGAAAACAUGCAACACUCUAAAUGUAUUUUGACAGUGUGAAUAACUCAAGGAGCUUCUUUGUGUCUUAGCAGUUGCUUUCAGCUUUGAGAGUAAUUUGAGCAACAUCUCUGCAUUUAAAACAGACUGCAGAAUGAAAAACAUUUGAAACACAGACACCGAUUUAUAAAACUUUAGAGAGCUCCAUCUCAGCACCAAUAAAAAAAACUUGUCUAAAGCAAA